AACAGGGUCAGGGAAAGUCUGCGAGUGUUGCUCCGCCUCGUUUUAAAAGCUCUCCAACUUUUCAUCAAUGAUUCACUCCCUUGAAGUCAACCUUCCGACCUCCCUUCAUAACAAACAGAAACGAGGCGAGAGUCUCAGUUUGUUGCUGCUCAGUGUUCUGACCUGAGCACCGGACAACACUUACCUCCUCCUCCACCUCUUCCUCCUCCUCCUCCUGCUCUGCACACAGGGCCGUCAAACACCGAUGCUGAGUCUCCAGUCGGAGUGGAAUACGACAGCCAUGGCACAGUGUAACCUGCGGUCACCACCCUCCUCUCCUCGUGACGAAGUCAACCUGGGACCUUCAGCUAACCCACAUGCCCGACCCACUGACUUUGACUUCUUGGCCGUCAUUGGCAAAGGGACCUUCGGAAAGGUCCUGCUCGCAAAGCUCAAAGCCGACAACAAGUUCUACGCCGUCAAAGUGCUGCAGAAGAAAAUCAUCCUGAAGAAAAAAGAGCAAAAGAACAUCAUGGCAGAGAGAAAUGUGCUGCUGAAGAGUCUAAAACACCCUUUCCUGGUCCGGCUCCACUACUCCUUCCAGACCCCAGAGAAGCUCUACUUUGUCCUCGACUAUGUGAAUGGGGGAGAGCUGUUCUUCCACCUGCAGAGAGAGAGGUGUUUCUCAGAGCCCAGAGCGAGGUUCUACGCAGCAGAGGUAGCGAGCGCCAUCGGCUACCUCCACUCGCUCAACAUCGUUUACAGAGAUCUGAAGCCAGAGAAUAUUCUUUUAGACUCUCAGGGCCAUGUGGUGCUAACAGACUUCGGGCUGUGCAAAGAGGGCGUAGAACCGGAGGGAACCACCACAACUUUCUGUGGCACUCCAGAAUACUUGGCACCAGAGAUUCUUCGUAAGGAACCAUAUGACAGGACAGUGGACUGGUGGUGUCUGGGAGCAGUGCUCUACGAGAUGAUCUACAGCCUGCCUCCGUUCUACAGCCGGGACGUCGGUGAAAUGUACAAUGCGAUCCUAAACAACCCGCUGCAUCUGCCUCCGGGGAAGUCCGAUGCCGUCUGCUCUCUGCUGGUGGGUCUUCUCCAGAAAGACCAACACAGACGCCUCGGGGCCAUCGCAGACUUUUUAGAAAUAAAGAACCACACGUUUUUCGCUCCAAUCAACUGGGACGACCUUUACCACAAGAGAAUCACUCCUCCGUACAACCCUAACGUGAAAGGACCAUCUGACACUCAACACAUUGACCCGGAGUUCACCAGAGAAAUGGUUCCCAGCUCGGUGAGUCGGACCCCAGAGCUCAACGCCGGCACCAGCGCCAGCAACGCCUUCAACGGCUUCUCCUUCGUCGCCACCGAGGACAGCUUUCUGUGAGAUGCGAAGAUGUGUGGACGGUUAUUGACUGAGGCGAUCGCAACUCCAUAGGGUCAAGAACUCCUCACGUGACGCUGCGGGAAUCCCACACGGCUCCCAUCGGGUUUGACUUCUGCGGGGAUUUUUUCAAAAUGUUCAUCCUGAGGGUGUUCGCUAGCAGAGGGAGCGAGUCUGCUACGGAGACGUUUAAGGUUAAGAUGUGUAACAUGUUGUCCUGGAAGUCUCAGGUUUCUUGGUAAAGUAUUGCAUUGCAAGUUUAAUGCGUGAUCUUUAUCUGGAAGAUGCAUUUCUUUUCAUUCACUUAUAUACACAUCAUCUUUAAGAAAGAAAAAAACACUGUCUUUCUGUGUAUAUCCACACUUCCUGUUUAAAUUAAGUAACUUUCUUUCAUUUCUGGUGUGAACACAAAUAUAAUAAUCGAUUAUUUAAAACCAAUAAUGACAUUGUGAAGAUUAUCUCCCAAGUAGCUUUUUCAGUUCUCAGCCGUCCACCCACACCCGAAGGACAAUAGAUUGAGGACAACAAUAUUUUAGUACGAGAAGACAGAUGGUUUGAAAGAGCAGUAAAGGAAGUCAUCUAUGUAAACCUGGAAAACCCCUCUGAACCAAAGACGUAGACUAAGACACAGUCGGAACAAUCUGUCCCCAAAAAAGUUCUCCUCCACUCUUAACUUGUGUCUGGAGUUUCUGGCCAGUAAUGGGUUAGUAGAGUAAUAACUAAACUAAGCAAUUAUUCCAAUUAAAGCAACGUUUUUCAGGCCAAUGGCCCCCAAACUACCUACUAUAUGUUUUCUAUAUUAAACCAAGCCUAGUGCUAUUGUUAUCGUCAUUUUGCAUGUAGCGUAAAUUGGGUUUACGUGGAAAAAUUAUCCUUUCACUAAAACAUGUUGGAUUCAUGUUAAUGUGUAUUUAAAGAAAUUUAAAUUUGUGGGGGAAAAUUUUUAAAUAAAAAAACAAACAAACAUAUAUACAUAAAAAAUGUCUAAUCAACCAAAGAUUUUGUGACCCCCCUGCAGUACCUACCUACGCGGACCCCUAGAGGUCACGGACCCCCUGUUGAAGACCUGUGAAUUAAAGGAUGAGGAUGUGGUUGCUAACAGAACCUAAACUCCCCACUGGUCAUUUCGAACUGAAAAAGCUACUUGGGUGAAAUUCAGUCCAGUUUGUUUUUGUUUUUACAUUUAUGAAGCAACGCCCUGCAUAUUUUUGUUUUUCCUCAUAAAGGCCGAAAUGAAAUCUUCCAAAUAAAUAAGGGAAAAUAAUAAUAAUAAUAAUAAUAAUAAAAUACUAUCACUGGCAUACACAGCAGUACUGCAGCAUCACUGUCUGUUUGUAAAUGUACAUUUCUGAAUUAAUUUCGCAUUGUUGCGCUAAUGUUAAGAAACAUACUCCACACUGAACCUCUUAUUUUUUUUUUCUUAAAUGCAGUGAACUAUGCUGCAGUGGUUUUCUGUAUUGUAAAUGAGUUUGUAGAUAUUUAGGUUUAUUGUUAGCAGAUUAGUUUAUGCAGCAGGUUGAUACUGUUGGUGUCGUUAUGAAAAUGCCAUAUCCAAUGAGUGUAAAUACACAGUAGCAGCUCUGCGAUAGUAUUAUGUAUUGUAGUAAUGUGAUAAUAAUAAUAACAGUGUAAACCAGGAAGUGCCUCUCUGACUUGGACAUGACGUUAGUGAUGGAUGGUGCUGGAUGUUGGCAGGGAUACAGUUGAAACGUGCACAUUGGACGUCCUUGUGUUUUAUUUUUAUUUUUAUCGUCUCAUUCGACGUUUGUACUUCUGAUAUUAAACAAGCUCCGAAGUAUUCAAGCCUCUGUACAUAGCAUACGUUCUAUAAAAGUUAAAUAACAUUUUAUUUUCUGGGUCGUCAGGUUUAAUUUAAGGCUUAAUGACCGUCCUUGUUCACAGUUUCCUUUUCUAAACCGUCACCCCCGUGUGCCAAGCUGUUUUUUUUUGUUUGUUUGUUUGUUUGUUUUUUCCACAACUGAUCCUGUAAACAGAGAGGCUGACGUUAUUUCUGCUGACUCAUGUCACGGUGGACUGAUGUCAAACCUCAAUCGCACAAAUGCCAAAUAUGUGUGUACAUAGAAAACCUGUUAAUAAAUCAAACAGCUGUCAAAGCA